AUGGGCUGCACCGGAACAAAGCAUCUCUUCAUGAAGAAGGAAUGCAAAGCCCUUCAGAAGAAGGACGUAAUGGGCAGCGCUGAGAGAGCCAUGAAAGCCGCGCUCCUUAUUCAGAGAUGGUAUCGGAGAUACUUGGCGAGGCAGGAAAUCCGCAAACGAUGCUCUUGGAACAUCUUCCAAAGCCUGGAAUACGCCGGAGAACAGGAUCAGAUGAAGCUGCAAAACUUCUUCCACGAUCUCCUCACACAUCUGUCCAAUGUGAAGCCCUCCGUAGCUGCUGCCAUCUCCAAUAGUCCAGCUGCUUCGCUCAGAGGACUGGAGCCCCUGCCGAAAGAUCAGCUCCGCCUCGCCGCUGCCGAAGCCGAACUCUAUCGCAAUACUGACCCCGCUGAAAUUUUCGUCGAGGAGACUUACAGGGGAGCCGAGCUCAUUCCACCUUUCAAUACGGAACAUGUGAACCGUUUAAUCCAGUCUUUUAAAGAGCGUAGGACAUUGCACGCCAAGUACGUAUUGACGGUGAUACAUGAGGCUCGGCAUUAUCUCAAACAUUUGCCGAACAUUUCGGUAGCAUCGACCGCUUUCGCAAAGCAAAUCACAGUUGUAGGAGACCUUCACGGGAAGCUUGAUGAUCUGCUCACUGUGUUCUACAAGAACGGACUUCCUUCAAAAGACAAUCCGUACGUCUUCAAUGGUGAUUUUGUGGAUCGCGGAAUUCACUCUGUUGAAGUUCUUAUGCUUCUGCUUCUCUGCAUGCUCGUUUGGAAAGACUCAGUCUUCUUGAACCGAGGAAACCACGAGGAUUUUAACGUGAACCUGAGAUACGGCUUUUUGAAAGAGAUCAUGUAUAAGUAUACGCGACAAGCGCCUAAAAUCAUACAAGCCACGGAGGAUCUGUAUAGCUGGUUACCUUUCGCAACCUUGAUCGACAACAAGAUAUUCGUGGUUCACGGGGGAGUGUCGUCGACCACGGACCUUAAGACCAUCGCUGCCAUCGAUAGGCAUCAAUUCGCCACCGUUCUUCAGCCACCUGGACAACACUCCAACUACACGUAUAAGGAAUGGCGGCAGGUGGUCGAUCUACUGUGGUCGGAUCCGAGGUCGCUGAACGGAUGUCAACCAAACAACAUGCGGGGAGGGGGUUCAUUUUUCGGACCCGAUGUCACAGAGGCCUUCUUGAAGAAAUACGACCUCUCACUCAUUAUCAGAUCUCACGAAUGUAAAGUGGAUGGCUAUGAAUUCACCCAUAACAAGAAGGUGUUGACGAUGUUCUCCGCGUCCAACUACUACGACGUUGGGAGCAACCGAGGAGCGUACGUGAGACUCGACGGUCCCACCCUAAAUCCCCACAUCGUCAUGUACGUGAGCACCGCUCAAACUCGGAAGGCGACCAUUCAGCAGAGGAGCGGUUUAAUGGAACAUAGCGCGUUGCGGGAGCUGAAACACCAUAUAUUCGCCUGUCAAUCCCUUCUCAAGAAAGAGUUCUUGCUGAUCGAUCCCUCAAAUUCCGGCACUGUGAAAAUAAGCGACUGGUGCAAUAUCAUGGAGCGGACUGUUGGCCUGAAGGUGACCUGGAGGAUGCUCUGUCCCAAGAUCGCGCAGGUUGACCAUCAGAAGGGCCUGGUCCACUAUGAGAGCACCUUCGACGAGUACUACAUGACCAAUGCGCUCGCACAAAACGGGCCUUCCUUCCUUGAGAGUCUCUACCGAAACAAAGAGGCCUUGGAAACCAUCUUUCGGAUCAUGGAUAAAGAUGGCUCCGGCCUCAUCUCCAUGCAAGAGUUUCAAGAUGCGUGCGAUCUUCUCGGACAACACGCGGAGCAACCCAUGAGCAAAGACCAGAUAGAGCAGCUGGCCAAAUCAAUUGACAUCAAUAAAGACGGCUUCAUAGACUUCAAUGAAUUUCUCGAAGCUUUCCGGCUUGCCGACAAGACGCCUUCGCUCGAAGAGAAAUCACCGGAACAGGAAGACUAUGCAACAUUCGAUCAGAAUCUCGACCAGGACGUGGAGAUUACCAGGUUAUAGAUUAGACAAAGCUGGUAUAUUUAUACGUCCAAGUGCUAUUGAAUCACGCCGAGUUUCUGGAUGAAUUCUCACAAAUCCAACCAGUGCAUAAUUGUGAUCAUGGUAGAACGGACUCGGAUGAGCUUGAGAUCCAUCCUCGAG